UACCACAGGUGUUUCACAGGACGCCAGUAAAUUCUUGAGCUCAACGAUGGCACGGCUACGCCCAGUCGUCUAUGUGGCCCUUAAGAAACAUCGCAACAUACCGAUUUCACCGGAGCUUUACUUGCGCACUACUGUCAACUUUGGGCAAGAUAUUUUCGCCUUUGACAUAGCACACUUUGCAGAAGGCUACUUCAAGCAGCGGAGACAGCGAUUUGAGUGUAGUGCUGGGUCAUUGCCCAACGAGAUCAUUGCGAUGAUCGCUAUAUUUGCUAUAGAAAUCAUUGUAGCCAAAGAGGACGUGUAAGCCGUUUC